AUGGAGAUGGAGUUACCCGCGACACCCACACCCACGACGGACCCGCGGAGCAACGCGCACGUCACGUUCCACUCGCCCACGGCCGACAAGGCGCAGCAGUCGCUCCGGAUGCAAGUGGUCGCGCACAACUUUAAGAAACGCGCGGCCUACGACUCCCCCGUGCCGACCGACGGGCCGCUGUCGCCCACGCUGCCGGUGGCGGUCGCUGCUGCUGCACCGUGCAACUUUGCCGCGCUCAGUCGCCACUUCCACUUGCCGCUCAAAGUCGCGGCCGAGCAGUUUGGUGUGCGCGCGACGGCGUUCAAGAAACGGUGUCGCGCCAUCGGCAUCCGCCACUGGCCGUACCGGAAAGUCCGCAGCCUCAAGCGCUCGCUGCAGGAGCUCGAGCAGUGUCAGCAGCAGACGCAGGACGGGUCGGGGCCGCCGCUCUCGGACAAACAGCUGCGCCAGUUUGCAGGCUACCAGAGUCAGCUCAAGCGGCUCUUGUCGCCCGAGACGUACGGCAUUGACCCGCACGGACAGCUCCUCUCGAGCCACUUUUUCCACGGCGACACGGACGGCAGCCCCGUGCUGGACGACCACGACUCGGACGAGGAUUCGUCGUGCGGCUCGCAGAGUCCGCAGCCCGUCGUCGAGCACUUUGCUGGUCAGAGUCGGCACAAAGCGAGCAAACACCUGUACACGGACUCGCCGUCGUCGACGUCGGCCCCGUUGCCUGACAACCUGUUUGCCGGCGAGCCCAUGGCCAUGAACCCAGCGAGCGGCCACCACGUGCGUGCGCAGUACAACCAGUUCCAUGCAGGAGUGCUGUCGAUGCAGCCGGGGCUAGGCUUUGACACGCUGUACGACCCGUUCUGCGACCUCACUAGCUCUACAAUGGACACGUACGGAGAGAACGACCAUCCGUCGUGUGGCUACUCUCUCGAUGCCAUCUCGUACGACUUUUUCUCGCUGCAGCCGUCACCGACUAUGGCCAUGCGAAGAACAGCCGUCAGUGCCGCGCCGCCGACGGUCGUUGCCAGCUCGUUGAUGCCCGAGAAGGGAUCCGCCGUGAACGUCGGUGCUCCGCGUGGACUCGAGGGUCUCGACGACGACAUUUUCCGCCACAUCUCGCCCGAAUACGGUUGCCUUGUGUAA